ACAGGCGGAAAGAAAAGUCAAACAGUUAAAAGGAAGAAAGAAAGAUGGAGGGAAUAGCCUUUUCCCCAUCAAAAGCUUUCAAGUUCAAUGUCAAUCCCUACUCCAAAAUCCAUGCUAAUCAAACUCCACAUCUCCAAACCCUAACCCAAAUCUCAUUUCGAUUCUCCAAUCCCCAAAGCAAGCCACUUCUCUCGUUCUCCAUCAACUCAACCGAAUCCACCCACACCCCAAUAACCCAAUCCCCGCCUUUGGUCGUAGUCGGCUCAGCAAAUGCAGACAUCUAUGUGGAAAUUGACAGAUUACCCGCCGAAGGAGAGACCAUUUCAGCCAAAAAUGGCCAAACUCUUGCAGGGGGCAAAGGGGCCAACCAGGCCACCUGUGGUGCCAAACUCUCCUACCCAACAUACUUUGUAGGACAAGUAGGCGACGAUGCGCAUGGGAAAUUGAUUACUCAGGCUUUGGGAAGCGGUGGGGUCCGUUUGGAUUAUUUGAAGCUUUUGGCUGGCGGUGUGCCUACUGGUCACGCAGUGGUGAUGUUGCAGUCUGAUGGGCAGAAUUCCAUUAUCAUUGUUGGUGGCGCUAAUAUGAGUUCUUGGCCUGAGCAGUUUUCUGAUCAGGACUUGGAUGUUGUUAAGAAGGCUGGCAUUGUUUUGCUUCAGAGGGAAAUUCCUGAUUAUGUUAACAUUCAAGUCGCCAAGACUGCAAAGAGUGCUGGUGUUACUGUAAUUAUGGAUGCUGGCGGAAUGGAUGCACCAAUGCCGCAAGAACUUUUGAACUUUGUUGAUAUCUUUAGCCCAAAUGAAUCUGAACUUGGUCGAUUGACGGGAAUACCUACUGAAAAUUUUGAGCAGAUUAGUCAAGCUGCUGGGAAAUGUCACAAAAUGGGUGUUAAGCAAGUUCUUGUAAAACUUGGGGCCAAGGGAUCUGCUUUAUUCGUAGAAGGUGAGAAACCGAUUAGACAGUCAAUCAUUCCUGCUGCACAAGUUGUAGAUACAACAGGAGCUGGUGAUACUUUUACUGCAUCCUUUGCUGUGGCUUUAUUAGAGGGAAAGUCCAAGAAAGAAUGCUUGAGAUUUGCUGCUGCAGCAGCCUCUCUUUGUGUUCAAAUGAAAGGAGCCAUGCCUAGCAUGCCCAACCGGAAAUCUGUUUUGAAUCUUCUUCAGUCUGUAUGAAGUUGUUCUGUUUUGCCAUAUUGUUAGGCGCUAAACCAUCAGUGCUAAUGUUGGUUUGGGGUUCCAGAGUUUGACUGGGGAAAAGACUGCUGAGUUGGAGUAAAAUAAGGAAAACAAAUAUUGCUGCGCAUAUCUUUGUUAGUAUUUCCCAUUGCAGCAUUGACGACGCCUUAGGCUUGAGAAAUAUUUAUCAUUUUUAAUGAGUGGUCUGUUUGCUGUGUAAACUUGCUGUCUUGAUCCCAGUGAGGACAAUUGAAUAAUAAAAGUAAACAUAAAUUGCACUUAAGUUCGCUUUUAGAGCAUUACUUUUGUAUAGAAACUGU